AUGCCUCCUCCCGAGUCCCGUCCCCUCCUCCUCCCCCAGAACCGCAAGCUCCGUCAUCUCCGUGGCAUCUACAUCCGGAACCUGAGCUUCGUUCGUCCUCGGGGCCAGACCAUUGACGACACGGCCUUGAACAAGUCAUCCUCGAAGCUCGAUGCCCUCCGUGAUGCCCCUCAGCUGCAUCAUGCUCUCUCCAGCGACAGCCUCCGGCCCAAGCCGCCGCGUCGCCGGAGCACCGCCCUCGCCCACGCCACCCCGGUGACAAGACAGCGCAUGCUGCAAUUCACCAUCGACGGUAGAGCCGCCGAUGCGUUUUUCUCCCUGCACUGCGACGGCGAGGACGAGCCCGUCUACAUUAGCGAGACGAAGGAGCAUGCGACUAAUUUCAACUUUCAAUUUUUUGACCUCAGCCACCACGGCCCAUCCGUCACCCGCUCGCCCGUCGUCACCAUCAAGAUCUGGGCGAACCGGACUUCGUGGACGCUGUUGCUCCAAGACACGAUCGACCUUCGAAGUCUGCACUUCAUUGGCACCCUCCAAAGCCGCAACUUCCCUCCAAACGGGCUCAUCUUCCAUCUCGCCGACGGCAUCUACUCGCUCGACGUGCUCGGCAAGCCCACGCACGCAAAGGAUCUCCCGCCGCUCCAUACCUCGUCUUAUAAUGCUCUCAUGAAACUCGCGACCCUCGACACCUCGAUCCAGGACGCCAUCGCGACACAGGAGCAGCUCACGGCCCAGAUUAAUGACAUACUUGAGAAGUCGCCCCACAACGAGACGCCCGCCGCCGAGGAAAAGGUGAAGCUGGCCAAGAAGUACGUGGCCCACGAGCUACGAUCUCUCAAGGCAGCCGAAAAGCGGCGCGACGAGCUGCGCGAAUCACUCAAGUCGCGCAGGGAAGCUAUUGCGCAAGGCCGUGCCCUACAAGAUAAGCUCGCGAAGGACAUUGUCGAUGCGACGCAGCACCUGGCAGCCUCGAAGGCGGUCCUCGCCAAGACCAAGGAGCAAAUCCGUGGCCAGCGCCGCCGCAUCUGCGCCGACCUUGGCAACAUAUACCAGAUCACACCCUGCCCAUCGGGCCCUCCGCUGUCGUUCCAAAUCGCCGGCCUCGCCCUCCCGAAUACGACAUAUGACAUGGCUACUUCUCGCGGCCCCGACGACGACCUGUUGUCCGGUGCACUGGGCCACGUCGCUGCGUUGACGAACGCCCUGCAAUAUUACCUCUCCGUACCCCUGCCGUACCCCGUCACGCCCUUUGGGUCACGCUCGUCCAUUCGCGAUGACAUAUCCCUCCUCACCGAUCUCAACUCGGCCCAAGCAGCCCGCCAACGCGACUUCCCCUUGUACCUUCCCCGAGGCGGCUCCACUGCGGCGCAAUAUCGAUUCGACUACGGCUGGUUUAUCUUGAACAAGGACAUCGAGGCCCUGUGCGCAAGCCAGGGCCUCAAGGUAGUCGACAUUCGUCACACCCUACCGAAUCUCAAGUACCUGCUCUACGUCUGCAGCGCGGGCAGCGACGAGGUCCCCGAACGCAAGCGUGGUGGUGUUCGCGGUCUCUGGGCCGGACGUCUGAAGGGCCGCAUUCCUUCCUCUGCUGUCAUUGCCAGCGACGGAGAUACGAGCAGCGUCGGCGGCAGUCGCCGCGGUAGUACCGAUAGCGAGGUGCUCAGUCGACAGCGCGACGAGCUCCGGAAAGCAAUGACCGUUCGUGAUGGGGCCGAGUCGCCCAUCGACCACAGCCACAACGGCACCGGGAACGGUAACGGCAACGGCGGAUUUGCAGGCCUGCCCUUUGACGAGGUGAAGGUCUCGCUGAGGACGAAGGGCAUGAGGGAGAACGCAGGAAAGUAG